AGUGCAAUAAACAAUAAUAUCAUUUUAAAAACGAAGAACAUAAUGCAAACCGAACACUGGGGCGCCAUGCCGGCGACUGAUGAGGAGAGCAGUGCAUUCCCAUCCGAUAAGUACGUGGCAACAGCCGCAAAGAAGCCCAAGAUGGAUGAAAUACGACAGCGCGGGGAAAUUAUGCCCAUUGACAAACACGAUAAUAUUGAGUUGAAGAGUUCACUGGUUACUCAAACUAUUGAAGUGAUGAAACAAACGGAAGUGCUGCAAUCACUGAUUGACACGUACUCCAACAAAAAUGGCACAUCUAAUUAUCUGCUGAAUCCCUGCCAAAUGAUACCCGAGGUAGACUUUCCGCCAGAGAAUGCCGCCGACUUGGUGGGUGAGCAAAAGUUCCAGAAGCCCAUCUGGUUUAUACCCACAGUGGACACAGCGUUUUCGAGGGGGGAUCCCCAGCCGUAUCCGGAGAUCUCCAGCAACAUCUGCCGUCACACACUUCGCAAGGUGAUGUGCGGCCUGCUGCGACUGGCGGGAUUCACCGACUGCUCCGAGACGGCUGUGAUGCUGCUGACGGAUGCAACGGAGGAGUUCUUGCGCAGCUUUGUCACCGAAUAUCGCGGUUACUACGACAUCGAUGCGAAGCUGGAGAAGUCUACAAUGCUGCAACUGCCGCCUCUGGAGCAGGCGUACUUCAGCAUGACGGGGACAUCGUUGACCCAGGUGCACAACUAUUACAAGCACAAGGUGAUAACGAGGAAUCGUGCGGAAAUCGGCGAGUUCAACAGUGUGCUCCAGGAAUACGAUAAGCUGAUGAAGGAGAGUCAGAGUAGCAUGCAGAAGCAGCAACAACAACAACAGCAACAACAAAACGAAUUUAAUGGCAACGACUUUCUUAACAUUCUUGAGAUGCCACCAGGCGAUGAUGCCACCAACAACAACAGCAACAGCAUGGGCAACAUUGUCGGCGAAAUGUUGCAGGAACUUGGUGGCGGCACCAAUUCCAGCAUCUCGCUGGGCAACGUCAGCAGCAGCGGACAACAGCAGAUGAUUAGCAGCAAUGCUUUGUACGGUCUUCUCGAAACUCAAGUGACCAAUCCCACCUCUGCCUCCGUCUCUGCCAACGCCACUGCCAACGUCUCUGCCGCUGCCUCCAUUUCCAACUCCAAUGUAAACGCAACAAGCGGUUAUCAAGCUAAUUUGGACACCUAGUUAAUAAAGGAUCUUAAUUAAAUUAUAUUAAAUUAACAAAUUAUAUUUAAAUGAACAAAUGCAAAUAUAACCCUUUAUUCCACAGAUUAACGAA